CAAUCAAGCUUAGACACCGCCAAGAUGCACUUGAAGAAUUGUCUACUGUUUUACACAUCGGCUGCCUUGCUUUUCUGCAGCUACCAGCAGGCUGCAGGACAACCUAGGUGCUCUUGGUAUAACGGUCUCUCAACCGCAGUCGUCUGUUCAGGUGACCUGCACGUCUUCCAAAUUGAGAAUUUCUUCAGACAACUGGUUCAGGGUGGGAAGGUGAGCUUCGACGAACUGCGGAUCUCCGACAACGCCCUCAUUCAGCGUCUGACGGUCGGCUUCCUCGGCGAACUCCAAUUCAGGCAGAUUUCGAUAGUUUCUUGUCCAAACCUCGUGCAAGUGGACGAUUUUCUCGGGGCUUCGAGCGACACUGCCUCUAAAGUGAUGUUGUACGGGAACAGCUUGUCGGAAGUUCCUCAACUGACCUCCACCAGGCUUUACGAACUCCACGUCUACCAGACGGAAAAACGCGUUGUGGUUCGGAGAUCAGCGUUCGAGCGUUCGAGGACCAUCGUGAAACUCGAUUUCAGGAAGGCUAUUGUCGAACCUUUCGCCUUCCUCGACUUGAAGGAGUUGUAUUCACUCUACAUCCGGGAUAUCUCGCCGACGCCUCUGGUCGCGGGCUCCUUCCACUUCGCGUCUCCGGCGCUCGGCUACGUUGAGCUGACGUCAUACGAGCCUUGGGAAGGACACGCCGAACCAGGGACAUUCGGAGGAUUCUUGAGCACUACCUGGUUCCGACUGGGAUCUGCAGCCAGCGUCUCGCCAGACAUUUUCUUCCCUGUCGUAAACAGUUCCACUCUUUUCGAGAUUGGCGUUCCAGUAAGGUGUGAUUGCCAAGUAGCUUGGAUACGAUUGUCGACCUUCCUGCCUCGAACAACCAUCCGAUGCGCCACCGAGACUUCCUUCGUCGCGCUGCCAGACGUCGAUGAAGCUGAAUUCAGGGACUGCGGCUCCAGCUGCACCGCCCGAGGCUCUCCCGCUCGGCAAUCAGGAGCUUUCACAACACCUCCGACAAACGGGAUUGAACGAUUUUGAUUGUGUCUGGGAUAAUCACUGUUUUUUCGAAGGAUUUAGGAUAUUUCUUUGAUUUCCGGAAUUCGACUUGUCAUGGUCGUUCUCUAGAGAAUAAUUUACAAAUUUAUGAUAGUUAUCCAUGGGAUUUUGUCUCUAAAUGAAAUCUAUGGAGACAAGUUGUGGGUUAUAAUUCACCUCAUUAUUCACUUUAUAUAAUUCUUGUAUCUAAUUUGGCAAAUAAAGUCACAAUCAGCA